AUGCCAAUGCGUUCUGUUUCCAUCUAUGCCAUCCUUUUGUUUCUUUCAUGUUCAUUCAGCUCGAUGCAUCUAUGUGCAUCCCGCAACAGCCUUGUCCCCGGCAAGCCGCUCUCCCCAGGUAACACUCUUGUGUCCGAUGAUGGCACCUUUGCCCUGGGCUUCUUCUCCCCAUCCAAAUCCACCAAAAAACACUAUUACCUUAGUAUAUGGUACAACAACAUCCCGCAGCGCACCGUUGUGUGGGUUGCCAACCGUGCUGCACCAAUCAGUGAUCUUUUGUCUGCAAUGCUCGCCUUGCACAGUAGCACAAACCUUGUCCUGUCUGAUGCCAAUGGCCGUGUCCUUUGGAAUUCAAACAACAGCAUUGCCAUCAGUGCUUCACCUGCCACCACCGUCUCUGCAGAAGCCACACUAGAGAACACCGGAAACUUCAUCCUCUUGAGCAACGUUAACCGCACCACACUAUGGCAGAGCUUCGACCAUCCCUCUGAUACUCUUCUGCCUGGGAUGAAACUCAGGAUCAGCCACAAGAUGCAUCCAAUACAACACCUCAUUUCUUGGAAUGGCCUGCAGGACCCAUCCCCUGGGGUCUUCUAUGGUGCAGACCCCAACAGCAUUCAGCAGCAGUUCAUCUGGAAUGGCACAAGACCGCACCGUCGAAGCCCAGUGUGGACUAGCUAUUUCCUUCUUGGGGGCUACAUGGACAACCUUCAUUCUACCAUUUACAUGGCGGUACAUUGUGGCACCGAUGAUGACGUAUACAUGUCCAUCAGCAUGCCGAUUGACAGCUUGUCUUUUCUGAUUAGAAUGGAGAUAAAUUACUCAGGCAAUGUAAAUAUUCUAAGCUGGGACAGUAACAUGUCAGUAUGGACAAGCUUGUACAUACAGCCUGCACAUAAGUGCAAUGAGUAUGAUUACUGUGGUCCUUAUGGUUACUGUGACAACAAUGGAACUGCCCCAACAUGCAAGUGCCUUGAUGGUUUUGAGCCAAAUGAUGAUGAAGGAUGGGUCAGCACAGGGAUAAGCUUUCAUGAGUGUGCAGCUGAAUGCUGGAGCAACUGCUCCUGUGUGGCAUAUGCUCAUGCCAACAUGAGCACCAAAGGCAUCAAUGGUGAUGACACAAGGUGCUUGAUAUGGACUGGGAAGAUGAUUGACAUGGAGAGGUAUAGCCAAGGAGGGGAGACCCUCUAUAUUCGGAUCGACAAAUCAAGCGGUGACAUGACAAAGACCAAAACCCUAGAAAUUGCACUGCCAGCUGUGACAAGUUUCCUUGUAUUCAUAUGCAUAGGGGUUAUUUGUACCUACUGGUUUAGAGACAAACAAGGAAGUACAGACAUCCGGAAUAGACUGAUGCUAGGAGAUAUGAGCACUGCUAAUGAAGUUGCUGGUGAAAGUGUAGAAUUGUCAUUAUAUAGCUUCAGAGAAAUUUCCACUGCAACAAAUAAUUUCGCUGAUUCCACCAUACUUGGACAAGGAGGAUUUGGUACUGUUUACAAGGGAACAUUGGGAGAUAAGGAAAUCGCUGUGAAAAGGCUUUGCAAAGAUUCUGCCCAAGGGGCAGUAGAAUUCAAAAAUGAACUAGCUCUGAUUGCCAGGUUGCAGCACAGAAACUUAGUUAAACUUCUAGGUCACUGCCUUCAUGCAAAUGAAAAACUAUUGAUUUACGAAUACCUUCCUAACAAAAGUUUGCAUGUCUUCCUGUUCAGUGCUGCAAGAAAAUCACUGCUUGACUGGCCCACAAGAUUCAUGAUAAGAACUUUAUUUGAUUCUACCCUUGACAGCCAGGAGUUUCAGUGUCAACGAACAACAAUCAAGUACCACUCGGGUCGUUGGAACAUUGUGAGUGAUUUCAUACGUGAAGCAUGGAGAUUAUGGAAGGAUGGAAACAUGCAGAACUUGGUUGAUCCAUCGAUUGUUGAGAGCUGUUCACUUGGCGAAAGUCUGCGAUGUAUCCACAUCGGACUCCUGUUGGUGCAAGACAACCCAAAUGCUGGUCCACUAAUGCCAUGGGUGGUCUCGAGCCUCGAUAACGAAGGCAUAGAGCUCCCACAGCCUAGGGAGCCUGUAUACUUUGCAAGGAGGCAUUCUGAAACUGGUGGAGCAGGAGCAGGACAAAGCAACAUAAGUGAUAUGAGCCUCGGAACACUGGAGGGGCGCUAG